AAUUAUCAAACUACAAACAAGAAGUCAAAACUCAAAAAAAGAAAAUUAGAAGAAAUUAAUUCAGACUUAAAUCAAAUUUCUAAAAAAUAUUAUAUGAUAGUUGAAUCAAAUAAUGAAAAUUUUAGCGAAUCAGAAUCAGAUUCUGAAUUAUCAAAUCUUUAUUCAAAUAAUUCUGAAUAUAUCUGUAAACAAAAGAAAGACAAAUUCAGAUUAAUUAAAGAAUUUGAAAUCAAUAUUAUUGAUGAUACUCAAGCUACUAUUUAG